AUGGCAUCUCCAAUAUUCAUCUCAAAUCCAUCGGAGUCUUUCUCCAUAAGCAUAGUGCUAAGAGGAAUACAGCUUGGGUACUUAAGCACGUACCGAUGCCUACAGAACCCUCGGAUAUUAUACCAUUCCAACUUCUGGCCAUCAUUGAUCACCAUAGUUAAGUUGUCUUUGCUCCUAUACAUCCUUCUUAAUGGGCCUCUUUUCAUCACUAAAAUCUUUUUCAUUUGCAUCAACAGCCUCAAAAUCAGCAGCAUCAAUAAUUAUGUUCUCGAGAACAUAUUCAACAUCAACAUUUUCUUGAUCUCGUUGUACGGUUCAUACUUAGAUACUACAGCUGAUGAGUUGUUCAUGGCUAGCUUGAACUUUCUGGAUUCGGUGCUUUCUUCCAGGUACUAUGCUAACUUGAGUCGUUUCCAAAACGAUACUGUUCGCAUCAACAGUCAACAACUGGCUGGGGAUACUACCUGGCAAAGAGUGCGAUUCUUGUUCAAAAGAUCUAGCCACUUCAAAAACUUCUUAAACAGAUACUUUCAGUACUAUUUGUUCAACUUUGGGAUCUUUUUGCUAAUAUGUUACCCGGGAAAAAUGUCUACCGUAGUUCUUGGUUUGAUAUCAUUUCAAGUUCUUUCUGAUAAACUAGGAGCAGUUCCUUCUAUCUUGCUUAUUACAUUAUUGAAUAUGCUUCCUUGCCACUACACGGCUCAGGUGUUGAUUACUUUCUACGGUUCAUCCAACUUAUCCUACGACUUGCUAGCUCCUUACUUUCAGAGAUUGAAUAUGACCAAGUACGAAAAGAAACAAUGGAUAAACUCUCGGAAUGGAGUGUUAUUUGGCUUUGGUUUGGUAAACUACCUUAUGAUCAACACCUUCCCACAAUUUGCCAUAGUGUUAUACGCUCUUGCUCAGUUGAAUAUGGCCUAUUUGGUCACAAAAAUUACAGACGUACCUCCAGAUCAAGCAAAUAAAUUAAUAUCCUGGACUUCAUCUCAGCUCUUAUGGAGCGAUCAAUACAAACUAGUUAGUGGCAAAUUCAUCGACGAUCCGUUCGUCCCAAUUCCUGGUUCAUUUAUUUUCAGUUAGACUCUAUUAGACAAAAAGUUCAUUUAAUUGCA